CAGAAUGCCUUCGUGCUCGUGUGUCACGUGACACGGUCGUCGUUACCCACAAUAGCUUGGGGCUUUUCCUGGAAGAAAAAAAAAAAGCAUGGCGGCUAGGGCACCCGUUGCAGCCUCGGGGCGUUUUUUCCAGUCUUUGCAGAAAUGGUACUACAAUACAGCAGGUUUUAAUAAAUACGGACUUAUGACAGAUGACACAAUAUAUGAAGAUUCAGAUAUUAAAGAGGCUCUGAGGCGGUUACCUGAACAAACUUACAAUGACAGAAUGUUCCGUAUGAAGAGAGCUCUUGAUUUGUCUAUGAAACAUCAAAUCCUUCCAAAAAAUCAGUGGACAAAAUAUGAGGAGGAUGUCCCCUACUUACAACCCUAUCUCAAGGAGGUCGUCCGUGAAAGGAAAGAAAAAGAAGAAUGGAAUAAGAAAUAAUGGACAGCUGCACUUGAACUGUGUACUCUUUUCUGAGUAUUUUCUGAAAACCUAAUAAAAUUGUAAAAAUGGUUUAAAAAGGAAAUUA